GACCGGUCCCUCCUGCACCCCCCGUUUUCUCAGCUUGACAUGUCUCCCGCAGAUGCCGCCCCCAGUGCGCACCGCACUGCUCUCCACGGUGCCGGUUCUGCCGCGGCCCCCCAUGGCCCCUGUGGUGCGGCUCAGCCCAGGCCAGGUGCUGACACCCAUGCCACCCAUGCUGCACGCGCCCCGCAUCAACGUGGUGCCCAUGCCGCCCACCGGGCCGCACAUCAUGGCCCCGCGACCGCCCCCUAUGGUGGUGCCCACCGCCUUUGUUCCGGCCCCCCCGGUGCCCCAGCCCCCCAGCGCCGCCCCCACACCACUGCCCCCCGCCCACCCACCCCCACCUCAUGAGGAUGAGCCGGCCAGUAAGAAGAUGAAGACAGAAGACAACCUCAUACCUGAGGAGGAGUUCCUGCGGAGGAACAAGGGCCCUGUGGCGGUUAAGGUACAAGUACCCAACAUGCAGGACAAGACCGAGUGGAAGCUCAGCGGGCAGGUUCUCAGCUUCACUGUGCCACUCACGGACCAGGUGUCCGUGAUAAAGGUUAAAAUCCAUGAAGCUACCGGCAUGCCAGCAGGGAAGCAGAAACUGCAGUAUGAG